CUGAAUAUCAGCUAAUUGAAUUCAAUUGAUUGAUUUAACUCCCUGCACGCCAUGACAAUUGCCACAGAGUUGAAGUUAGCCUGCAACAUUUUGCUAGAAGUGGCAAAUCUCUCUGUGGUAGUGUUGUUGCCUUUCAGUUGGCCUCUAUUUUUUUUCAUAGUCAAGUUGACCCUGUUGAGAAGUGAACUAGUCACCAGGACUUUACUAGUGUACAGUUAACUAGUGACUGUAGGCAUAGGCUACCUACAAGCCCUACCCUAGCCCAAAGGUAAAAUGACAUCUGAAGUUUUAAUAUCAGUGAAAGAGGAGACAAAAGAAGAGGACUUUGAUGACUUUUUGUACUCUUACAUAACUGCAAAUCAAACAGUGGAUGAGAAGCCUGAAUUGGAAAAUGGCUUUAAAACUGAAAUAGACAGACCUUCAGCCAUUCCUGGUCCAGAUUUUCUUACAGCUAUGGAUAUCAAAACAGAAAAAGAUGGAGAGGAAGAACAAAUAAAAACUGAAAUGGGUAGGGCAUCAACAACCAUUCUGGACCCAGAUGUUCACGUUUCCAUGGACAAUAAAAAGAGAAGAUGGAAAAAAGGAAAAAGAGCAGGGCGGACAAAAAGAAGAAUUUCUACUGAGAGAGAGGAUUCCUCUUCUGCAUCAAGUGCUCUUCAAGGAAUACAGUCCAACACAAUGCAUAAUAUGGAGGAAAACACACACCAUCAAGAUAAGCCCAACGAUAAAAGGCACUAUCAGUGCGGUGUAUGCGGAAAGUCUUUCAAGACUCGGUCACAUCUCACCAGACACCAGACGACACACUCAAAGGAAAAGACGUUUCUGUGCUCUCUUUGUGGACAUGGCUUUGGCAGGAAAGAUGACCUCAAGAGACACCAGAUGAUUCAUUCAGGAGAAACGCCAUAUCAGUGCUCACAAUGCGGAAAGGGUUAUACUCACACAGGCCAUCUCAAAGCCCACCAGAUGAUCCAUUCGGGUGUAAAGCCAUUUCAGUGUUCACAUUGCGAAAAGAGUUUUACUCACUUGGGCAGACUCACAACCCACCAGGUGAUCCAUUCUGUUGAAAAGCCAUUUCUGUGUACUGACUGUGGAAAAACAUUUAGUUACGAGUGCACUUUAAAGAGACACCAGACAAUCCAUUCAGAUAUAAAGCCAUUUGUGUGCUCUCAAUGUGAAAAGACAUUUGGUACAAUAUCCCUUCUGAAAAAACACCAAAGGAUGCAUUCCAAACCAUUUCCGUGUUCUCAUUGUGCAAAGAACUUUGCUUCAAAUUCUCAUCUCAAGAGCCACAUGAUGGUCCAUACUAUUAUGGGCCAAGGGGAAAACCCAUAUGAGUGCUCUCUCUGCGGAAAGAGUUUUCGGCAGAUGAGCGAUCUCAAGGAGCACCAGAAGGCCCAUUUCGGCAAGUCAUAUGAGUGCUCUCUCUGUGGAAAGAGUUUUCGGCUGAUGAACAGUCUCAAGGAUCACCAGAUGGUCCAUUCUGGAGAAAAGCCAUUUCAAUGCUCACAAUGCGGAAAGAGUUUUAAUCUCAAAGGCAAUCUCAAGAAACACCAGGUAGUCCAUUCAGAUGAAAAGCCAUAUCAGUGCUCUCACUGUGGAAAGAGGUUUCGUCGAAUGGGCGGUCUAAAGGAACACCAGGACUCCCUGGCAGAAGAGACUGUAGUCUCAAUGGGAUAAUCCUGGCUAAAUAAAGGAUAAAUGAAAGUUAUUGUUAAUAA